AAAGCUCUUAAUAUUUUUUGGGGGGUUUUUUACACUUUACAUGGGCUUUGGCUUCCUUCUGUCGCCUGGAGGCCUCCCGCUUCCGGUGCUUGGGAGAUUUGCAUUCUUUACAGUUUGUGCCGACGCCUCUGUAAUGAUUGUUUAUCUGGAGUUAAGGCUUUCUGCUGUCGGAGCGACAUCGGUGCUGGAGCAGAGCCCUGUGCUGGUCGCCGUGCGAGGGGGGCGAGGUUUCGCCGUGCUUGGCUCUUCCCCGGGAAGCCGGCGGGGCUGAGCGCAGCCCCUGCUCCCUCCGGGCUCACCCCGACACCGCUCAGCCCCGGCAGCGAGAGCCCCCAUCGCACCGAACGCUGUGAGAGGGGCGCUGCCGAAAUCCUGCCGUGGCGGUGGGCCUAUUUGGAUAACAAAAUGAAGCCUGCAAAGCUGCACUAUUGGAUUUUGGGUUGGUUUUUCAUGGCACUGUGUUGUUGGUGUACUUCGGAUACUGUUACUCAAAGUGACAUCCAUCCUCAUUCCUGGAAGAAGCUGUAUUUUGCUCAUCAUUGGCCAGUGACUGUAUGUAAGAUGAAUGCUAAUGAUUGUCAUGACCCACCAAAGUACUGGACAAUCCAUGGAUUGUGGCCUGACAGAGCUGAAGACUGUAACAGAACAUGGCAUUUCAAUGUCACCGAGAUCAAGGAUCUUUUGUCAGACAUGAGACACUACUGGCCUGAUGUGCUUCAUUCGUCUCUGAAUCGCACCCAGUUCUGGAAACAUGAGUGGUACAAACAUGGCACUUGUGCAGCCACACUUGAGGUCCUUAAUUCUCAGAAAAAAUACUUUGGUAAAGCCAUAGAACUCUAUCAUCAUGUUGAUCUCAAUGGUUGUCUCUUGAAAGCUGGGAUAAAACCAAGCAGUUCAUAUUACAAGAUGACUGCUAUAAAGGAAGCUCUUACAAGAUUAUAUGGUGUAACACCAAAGAUCCAAUGCCUUCCUCCAGAAGAGGGUGAAAAAGCACAAACAAUUGGCCAGAUUGAAUUCUGCUUCACCAAAGAACUGCAACUGGAAAACUGCACAGCACUGGAGGGUGGAUCCAACCCAAUGCAAGCUCACUUGAAGCCUGGUACUUCGGAGCUGUCAGUCUGCAAUGAUACUCUCCCAACCUAUUAUCCUUCAGAGGUCCAAGAUCACAAAUGAAGCCAUAAGAGUUUGAAAAACUUUUUCAAAAGUGACAAAACCCAAACUCAUAUUACAAGCCCCUGUCCAUAUCACAGGCCUACAGUGAAGACUUCUGCUGGAAAACAGAGUUCUUUUGCUAUUGAAGGAGAGUGGUCCACAUGAUGGGAUCAGCAUCUGAUCUACAGCAUGGAUUUUUUGGCUUGCUUAUGGUUUGAAUCAAUGUUCAAAAGAGAACUGUGACUUCUCAGUUUGACAUGCAGUUGUCUGCCAUUUUAGUUGCUUUUUGGUUUUUACCAAUGAGUCAGGGAACUUAAUUCUUUGUAUUGAAAGGAUGAUUGUCUCUCUGAGAUGAGGUGACAAGUUCUUGAGAGGGAAAUACUGUAAACAGAAAGAACUCUUGAGACCUGUCUUGAGGUCCAUUCCCAGAUAUAAUAGCCACUGCCUUGCAUAAUUGCUCUCCAGAAGUGCAGAACAGAGACCAUGUCCUCUAAGUGUUGAACCUUUCCUCACAGAGGGAUCACAGUCGACCAAAGACAACUUCUGUAUAACUUCUUAGUGAAGUAAUAAGUUUGGGCUUUUCUACCUUAAAGAUCUCAGGGAAACUCUAUUUGUAGCCUUACCUGUUCUUAGAUUAUUUUCAUGGCAGUAACUCUAUACAGUCUUAAGGAACAACCAAUGCUAGAACUUACAUGUUAGUACAGGAGAAUGUUAGGCCCUAGAAAUAUGUUGUUACUAAUUUUUAAUUGUGUUUGAGCAUUCAGCAUUACUACUUGUGAGUGCCUGUACUUGCAUAUAAAAACAAGAUUUUCACAUCAUCGCUUUGUUCCAAGAAACAUCUUUUUAUUGGCAGUAGUGCAUCUCUACCCCAUAAUGAUGACUAACAUGCCAUGAAGAUGGAUGUUUCUAAAGGGAACCAGAUUUUGAUGAUGUCUUCCCCAAAGUGCUGUGUUGAUCUAUGUGUUUCAAAUAAAGACAAUUAUGGCUCAAGGAACCAUCUGUUUGUUAGAAUAAUGUUACUGUGAAAACAGGAAAUGCAGUAUUAGAAACAAAUUUGUUAUUUAGAGGAGUUAGAAACCAUUUACUCUCAUUUUUGACUGUCCCUAUUUCUCUACCACCUUUCAUUUAAUGCUCUGUUACCUUUCCAUUCCAGAAUGCUGUCAGUUUCUUUGGCCUUUCUUGAAACUCAGUAUUUAUUUUAACAGCCAAGAAAUUAUUACGGUCUGUCAAAAAAGUGAUUGUUGGGUUUGUCUGUUUUUUCUGCAGUUGCUUUAAUCCCUCAGUCCUGUUUCUCAGUCAAAGGUAAAGCUUUGGGAGUCAGCAAAGGUAAAGCAAAAGGGGUCAGCAAUAUGCACAUGAGUAACAAAUGACCAAACUCUGCAGCAGAGUAGAUAGUAUGGAUUCUCCAUGCAUUUUUCUGUCUCAUUUUCAAAUGCAAGAAAUGUGAAGGAGCUGAUAAGUCUUAAAACUUUGAGGAGAAAAUAACAUAAUCUAAAAUGAGUGGGGGAGAAAAUAUGCCAGCAACUGAGUAAAAAUUGACUGAGAAAAAGUAAAAGUUUGGGUAAACAACCUCACAUACUCUGAAGUCCCAGCUAAAGGGACAUACCUGAAGUACAGUGUUUGCCUUAAAAAACCCGCACCCGUGUACUUUUUAUUACAGAUUAAAUAAUUAAAUUUUUUAUGGUGAACUUCUGAGUAGUAGCAAUAAAACACUGUAUAUAAUUACUCGUGCUUGGGUUUUGGCAAACCUAUCUGCUUAACUUCAGGGAAGAUACAAAUGUCUUUUUAAAGCUACCUACUGAUUUUUAUAGAGAGAUGUGCCAAGACAUUAUUAAGUUUUAAGUGAUAUAUUUAAGGGAUGCUUCAAGGUCUGUAUCUGGGCAGCCAGGAGAGCAGAUGAAUGAAUUUUAUCACCACUUCAGACCAAAGACCAUGUCCAGCCCUUUGUGUUCUUUCUAGCAAUGGCUCACAGCCAGCUGUGAGCCUUGUCAGUUGCUUUCCAUCAGAAUGUAUAUCAUUUCAAGAAUUGGAUUAAGGCAGUUUAAAUAAAACUAGUAAACAAAGGUAUAUUGGGAGUCAUAAAAUUCACUUCUGAAAAGCGUCACUCACUUCCUUGUGCAGUAUAAAUUCUGUCAACCUUGAAAAUUCAGCACAGCCUGGGGAUGAUGGGUCCUGUAUUCUUUUCUGCAUCGUUGAAUAAAUUAACUAAACUCCAGCAGA